AUGUCUAGCUUGCGCCUCGUCAUCGAAGAUGGUCAAUUCAGAGAUAACCACGGCAGACAUGUCCUCCUUCGCGGUAUAAACGUAGCAGGAGAUGCGAAGCUGCCAAGCACGCCAGAUGUCCCCUCGCAUGUUUCCGACGACUUCUUCGACGGCGACAACGUCAAAUUUCACGGCCGACCCUUUCGAAAAGAAGACGCGCAUAUCCAUUUCUCCAGGCUCAAACGUUACGGUUACAACACCAUUCGCUACAUAUUUACGUGGGAGGCCAUCGAAGCCGCCGGGCCUGGCAAAUAUGAUGAAGCAUGGAUACAGCACACCAUUGACGUCCUGCGGGAAGCCAAAGAAUAUGGCUUCUACGUCUUCAUGGAUCCGCACCAGGAUGUGUGGUCACGAUACUCUGGAGGUUCAGGCGCUCCCAUGUGGACGCUGUACGCCUGUGGCCUUAAUCCUCAAAGUUUUGCUGCCACCGAAGCCGCCAUAGUACACAACACAUACCCCGAUCCCGAAAACUUCCCCAAGAUGAUUUGGUCAACCAAUUACUACCGUCUCGCCGCCGCCACUAUCUUCACUCUGUUCUUUGCCGGCAAGGACUUUGCCCCGAAAGCCAUAAUAAAUGGCAUCAACAUUCAGGAGUUCCUGCUGGGCCACUACCUGGCUGCCAUAUCACAUCUUGCCAAGCGGUUGAAGGAAGCUGGGGGUAUUCUCAAUGACGUCGUUUUUGGCUGGGAGAGUCUGAACGAACCCAACAGAGGCAUCGUUGGAAAUGCGGACCUGAGCGUAAUACCAAAAGAUCAGGCUUUGAAGAAAGGGACAGCACCAACGCUCUGGCAGGCCAUCCUGACCGGCUCCGGAAGGGCAUGCGAGGUGGACACCUGGGAUAUGGGUGGCUUAGGCCCGUACAAGGUGGGCCGAUCGCUCAUUGAUCCUCACGGUGAGAUCGCCUGGUUGCCCGCCGACUACGACGAUUCGAGGUACGGUUGGAAGCGCGACCCAGGCUGGAAGCUGGGUGAGUGCUUGUGGGCCCAGCAUGGCGUUUGGGAUCCCUCCAAAGAUCUCCUGCUGAAGAAAGACUAUUUUGCCAAGAGUCCCCGGACAGGCAAAGUCCUCGAUCACCACGAGUUUACCAACACAUACUACAUGGAGCACUAUCGCCAAUAUCGGGAUACCGUACGUGCUGUGCAUACAGAUGCGAUCAUGUUAUGCCAGCCUCCAGUGUUCGAAGUUCCACCGAGCAUCAAGGGAACAGCUGACGACGAUCCGAACAUGGUCUAUACGCCUCACUUCUAUGAUGGAAUCACCCUUAUGACGAAGAAAUGGAACCGCACAUGGAAUGUCGACGUACUCGGUAUACUUCGUGGCCGGUAUCUGCAUCCUGCAUUUGCGAUCAAAGUGGGCGAAAGUGCCAUUCGAAAUUGUUUCAGAGAUCAAAUGGCUGCCAUGAGGAAAGAAUGUUUGGACUAUAUGGGUAACCACCCUGUGUUGAUGAGCGAGUUUGGAAUUCCCUAUGAUAUGGACGAUAAAAAUGCAUACAAGACAGGAGACUAUUCUAGCCAGUCUGCUGCGUUGGAUGCAAAUCAUUACGCGGUGGAAGGCGCUGAAUUGGAUGGUUACACACUUUGGGUUUAUGAUACGCAGAACGACCACAUCCGCGGCGAUCAGUGGAACGGAGAGGAUCUUUCCAUCUUCUCUGUUGACGAUCGGACGCUCCCCGAACCACAACUGCCGCGCAAUUCAGACGCGAAUAAGUCACAGACUAGUCUGCUCAAAACUGUCACGUCUGCAAGCAGAUCUGAGGUCGAUGACGAAACCUCUGUGAACCCAAGCAAUCUGAAACGUACCAUGACCAACCCAUCCAUCUCUUCCGAGCCUCCCAGUCCUAAUCCCGAACUUACCAACUCUCCCGGUCUCCGUGCCGCCGAGGCCUUUGUCCGUCCGGCUCCAAUAGCAGUGAGUGGCACGAAAACCUCUUACGGCUUCGAUCUCAAGACAUGCGUCUUCCACUUGUCGCUCGCCUCAUCCUCAACCACCCCAGAAGCACAACCCACAACCAUAUUCCUGCCUGAGUACCACUUCCCGCGUGAUCAGGUCACAGUGGAGGUGUCAGGUGGAAAAUGGGAGAUCAGUACGGAUGACGAGGAGCGCACAUGGAUCCAGAAGCUGCGGUGGUGGCACGGCGAGGGCACGCAUCAGCUCAAGGUCACAGGACUGGUCAGGCCGCACAACACUCUGCAAGGGUCCGCUGAAGAGGCCGGGUACCUGGAGCAGUGUCAGGCGAGCUAUGGAUUUGAUGCCGGCAAAUGCGCGUUGAUGUAG